AUGAAAGUUCUUCUAGUAGUAGUUGGUUUGGCUCUUACGUUUGUCGUCUCAUGUUGCGUUGGUUGGUCGACAACUAGUUAUCUGAAUUCCCGCCUGAACGAACUAGAUUCGACGGAUGAGUUCAACAGUAUAGCUUCGUCAACGAAACUAACGUCCAGAAACUUUGCUCAUCAGAUGAAAUCAUCCCACUAUUAUUUGGUAUUGUUCUACGCACCAUGGUGUGAAUAUUGUUUGCAACUAUUGCCACAAUGGACCAAACUAGCAGGCAUGAUUACGGAGCGGUUUCGAAGUUCGGUUCAGGUAGGCCAUGUGGAUUGCAUUGCCGAGGAAGCUUUCUGCACUCGAGUCAACGUUGCCGACUAUCCCACACUCCGGGCGUACUCUCGCGGGCCUCCGAUGAAGUUUGAAUCGAUACAAGUGCACGAACUGGACGAUACAAUCGAGUACCUGGAGGAAUACAUGCUUAAUCUACCGACUGAAAAUUUUCGCCACCAAACAAUGUGA